CGGUCACGUGGCAGGGGGCCGACCGGGCGUGCGUGCCGCCGUUGAUCCGGUGCUGCAGUGAGGAGGUGGUUCUCGCCCGUGUUGUGUGUGUGUGUGUGCGUGUGUGUGUGAGUGUGAGUGAGAGAGCGAGUGAGUGAGUGAGUGAGUGUGUGUGUGGGGGGACUCGGCUUGUUGUUGUCGGUGACUUCCCCCUCCCCUGCACCCCUCCCCUUUCCCCGCCGCCGCUGCAGUGGCCGCUCCCUGGGCCGUAGGAAAUGAGCGAUAACGAUGACAUCGAGGUGGAGAGCGACGAAGAGCAACCGAGGUUUCAAUCUGCGGCUGACAAACGGGCUCAUCAUAACGCACUGGAACGAAAACGUAGGGACCACAUCAAAGACAGCUUUCACAGUUUGCGGGACUCGGUCCCAUCACUCCAAGGAGAGAAGGCAUCCCGGGCCCAAAUCCUAGACAAAGCCACAGAGUAUAUCCAGUAUAUGCGAAGGAAAAACCACACACACCAGCAAGAUAUCGAUGACCUCAAGCGGCAGAAUGCUCUCCUGGAGCAGCAAGUCCGUGCACUGGAGAAGGCGAGGUCGAGUGCCCAACUGCAGACCAACUACCCCUCCUCAGACAACAGCCUCUACACCAACGCCAAGGGCAGCACCAUCUCUGCCUUCGAUGGAGGCUCAGACUCCAGCUCGGAGUCGGAGCCCGAAGAGCCCCAAAGCAGGAAGAAGCUCCGGAUGGAGGCCAGCUAAGCUCCGCGGGGCAGGCCAGCAAUACAAACUGUCUGUCUCCUCCAUCGUCCCAUCCUCCUUUCAGUUCAUCCUUAGAACCCUCAGAACCAUUUAAGAGACUCUUGUUUUCCUCUUUUCUCUUUUUUUUUUUUUUUUUUUUUUUAAUUUUAUUUUUACGUAGAAGCUCUUGGACAACAGCUCUCGUUCUCCUUCCCCAUUUCCACAAGCUUUUUUUUAAUGUUUCCCUUCAGGGAUUCCCUGUCCCCACCAGGAAUUUUUAAACCAAAAUACCCCAACUUGGCAGCUUUUUCUGUGGAGGACAGACGGCCGGCCGGACCUCUGAGCACAUGGUGUCCUGACCACCCACCAGCUCCUCCAGCCCCGCCGGGCACAUGCCCGGAGGACUCCUGCCCCUCCCAGACCUUUCCUCCCAGGCCAUCCUCACCUCCGUUUGAUAGACUUUGUGAAUCUGUGGACUGCUCUACUUUAAGAAGAUGACCAGUUUGGAGUAAUCAGAAUUAAUCCCCCUUCUUUUUAAGUUUUUGUUUUUGUUUUUUUCUAAAAAGCUAUUUAUCGCUCCUAUUGAAAGGCCAGAUCCUUGAAGAAGUUUGUGGUAUAAAUACAAGUGGGGACAGAUUUGCAGCACAGAGUCUUUGGCCUGUUUCACUCCUGCUUCUCCCAGCCAACCUUAGGGAGGGCUGCGUGACACUCGUGUGGUAUGUGUGGGGGACAGCGGGCAGCAGUGAAGUGGUAGCCGCCAGGGGGUGGUAGGGGGUGGGACAAGGAGGGAGGAUCGGGUCGGGUAGAGGUUUUGUAUUGAGGGCCAGUGAUGAUGUUUUGAUAUUUAUUUCCUGCUACUGAAAUUUGAAUCUGAGUGAAUUGUCCCUAUUUCUGAUGACGUCGGUAUUGCAAAGCGACAGAUUCAUAAAGUAAUGAUCAAAUCUUCCUUUCUUUCCGUGUGUAUUUCUAAGAAAUAGAGCCAACUGAUUUUGUAUGUAAAUACCAAGAGCAAUUUACCUGGUACUAAACCCGCACCCCAGUGCGGACCCUUCCCCACCCUGACCCCAUUCCUGUUCCAACUGUCCUGGAACCCGUUCCCAUUGUGUGAUCCAGCCCUGGUCCUGGCUGCGGUCAGCAGAUCCCAGUGAAGGGUUUUGUGUGUUUAGGCCUCAUUUCUUUGUCUUUUUCCUACUCCGUUCCUGGCAUUUGCUGAUUUCUAGUGUGUACUCUGUAGUCUCAGUCCGUGUUUGAUUCCAUUCCAUGGAAAUAAAAAGUAUGUUGUACAUACUGCCCAAGAAUUGUCUUGCAAGUUAAGGCUUUCCCCUUUACUAUAAGACUAUAAAUAAAAACUUAUUUUAUCCUU